AUGGCCACCGCAGCCCCAACGCGGCAGGGCCUGCUGGCCGAGGUGCCCGAAGAUGUGCUCUUCAGCAUCCUGGCCCACCUCGAGACGGCACGCGACAUGGCCAGCCUGGCAGGGACAUGCACGAGGCUGGCGCGCCUCGUCUGGGACAACGGCUGGCGCAUCUUUGCCCGCACGCGCUUCCCGUCGCUGGGGGUGCCGCAGGAGCGCACGCUGAGGAACCCCGAGCUGACGUGGGCCAUGCUGUCCGAGUCCCUGGCCUGGCAGAGUCGCUGCUGGGACCGGCGCUCGCUCACACUCACGGCCACCACGCAGCGCCGCCAGCCUCGGGGCCACCAGCACCAGAACCGCUGCCCGAGCGUCGUCGACGCGCGCUUCGACCUCGACUCCCGGUCCGAGCUACUCGUCUGGAGCGAGGGCGAGAGCUUCUGCGCCCGCCGCCGCGAGAUCGUCGACGACGGCUGGACGGAGACCCAUCACUUCAGCCGCUUCACGGGGGGCAUGCACGGCUUCCAGGCCGGCGGGGACGACGUCAUGCAGCUGUCCAUCGUCGACAAGGUCCGGGGCGCCCCUGGCCGCCAGGGCGUCCUCUCGCUGAGGGCUAGCGGGCGGCUGGACCUCCUGGCGGCCGAGCACGACGGCUUCGGCACGCUGCUGGCCAGCUUCGACCCAAAGUUCGCCACGGGCGGCAGGGGGGCGGCCCCGGAGCAGUCCUCGCUCGUCUCCAUGGACGUAUCGCACAAGGGGUCCAUCGCCGCCUGCAACAGAGACAGCCUAUUCCUCUACCACCUUCCCCAGGACCGGGACCAGCCGCCAGAGGUCGGCCCGUACCUGGCCUGCCGGCUAAAGGAGCUCCUGCUGGACAGGACCGACACAACGCACCUCGGCGGGGUCAAGUGGAUCGGUAACGACGACACGCUCGCGCUCGGCGUCAAGGGCCAGUACACGUCGCAGCUGCAGUACCUCCAGCUGACGCCAACGGGCGCCGUGCAGGUCCACCGCGCCGUCGAGCACCCCGGGGCGGGCGCCGGGUCGCUGCGGCGGCAGAUCAUCGCGUCCUCCAUCACGCCCGUCUACCCACCGUCGUCGGCCGGCCAGGCAGCUGGGCGUCCGCUCGUGCUGGCGGCCUACUCGGACGGCACGGUGCGGCUGCAGGACCUGCGCUCGCCCACACCCUGGGACGCCGUGUACGAGGACAACGUGAACCCGGGCUCGGCCGUCGAGCACGUGCUCGCCUGGGGCGGCGAGCGCUUCGUGGGCGGCGGCUCGGCCGACGCCGUCCUGCGCCUCUUCGACCUGCGCUGGCCCAGGCCCUACCACCACCAGCGCGCCCUGCCCUGCCGCUCCGCCCUGCCCUACCCGACACCGCCCCAGCCCUUUGCGAGCCCGCGCCGCCGCCGCCGCCUGCUGCUUGAGGACCCAGCCCGCGUCACCCGCUGCGACGGCGCCGCCGGCGUCGAGUGUACGUGGCACCGCCUGUCGUGCGACCUCUACCAGCGGCCCAACUGCAACCUCUACUACCACCACCGCCGCGACCGCGGUGGCGCCAGGCCCGCCGCCGCCGCCCCCGACCCGCCCAGCUGCGUCCGCUCGCUGGCCAAGGGGUCCGACCUGAGCCCGCACUUCUUCGUCGGCGUGCCCGGCGGCUUCCUCGAGGCCCGCCUGGGCUCGGGCGGCAGGGACGGCGGCGGUGGCGGCGACCCGCACCUGUCGUUUGAGCUCCUCGACCUGCCCGCGGACGGCGAGGACGGCGAAAGCGGCGGCGGCGGCGGCGGCGGCGACGGCAACAACAACAACAACAACAACAACAACAACAACAACAGCAGCAGCAGUGGGUACGAGACGGCAGAGCUAACGACUUUCGUCAUGGAGACGGGCGACGGGCUGUCGGUGCCGCACAACGACAGGACCAUCGCGCUGCCGCCCUUCCGCCCGGACGCCAGGCGGCGGGCCAAGAAGGGCCACGUGCCGCAGGAGCUGCAGGACAGCCACCGCCUGGACCCCCGCUACCACCACGCCGCCGACUUUGGUCAGUUCCUGACCUGGAACGGCUCGUACGGGACCGUGGCCGAGUAA